UAUAUCAGAUCUGUGUUUGUUGUUCAGUAUUCAAAUAAUAGCAAUGGUGAUUCAACGUUCCUACGCUCGACGGCUGCUGAUUGCUAGUGCAAUAGCACUAAGACACGUAACCACCCUAGCUCAGGCACAAAGCUGGAGAAGCUACUUGCAGAGACAACAGCAGCAACAACGGGGCAACAAUACUGAUCUCGUCAUCUCGCGACUGCAUCAGGCUCUUCUACAACACACCACCAGGCUGUGGAAAUCCAUUGAGGCGAAACCAACACGUACUAGUGCUACUACCGGGAUUACAUUCCUAGCAUCGUUUUCAUUGUUCUCGUCCAGUAGUUCGAAGAAGGAAUCCACCGAGAAAGAAGUCAGCUCGAAAAUGGCCGAUGAAACUGCUAAGAAUAUGAGCGAAACGAUACAGCACUCGGAUCAGUUGUUCGAUGAGAACAACUUCCAGGAGGCGUACGAUUUGCUGCAAAAAAGUGCGAACCCCGAAGCGUACGAGAUCAAAUGGCGCUCAGCUCGUGCACUGUUCAACCUCUCGAAGAGCACUCCAAGUCCCAAGAAGGAACAGAUGAUCCGGGAAAGUUUCCAGUUUGCAUCGGAAGCCCUAGCGCUGAACGAUAACGACUUCGCUUCGCACAAGUGGUACUCGAUCCUCUUGGAUACCAAGAGUGGUCUGGACGGCAUCAAAGAACGUGUCACCCAGCUGGAGAACGUCAAGAAGCACAUGAAACGCGCCUUGGAGCUGAACCCAACCGACGCCACCAGUUGGUACAUCCUGGGACAGUUCUACUACGGUCUGGCCGAUCUUCCCUGGUACCAGCGGAAAAUUGUCGCUACGAUCUUCGCUACCCCUCCGGAGGGAAGCUACGAGGAGGCGCUGGAGUGCUUCGAGAAAGCCGAACAAACUAAGCCGAACUUUUACUCGAUGAAUCAUCUGAUGUUGGGCAAAACUAAUCAGGCCCUUAAAAGGAAUGACAAGGCAAAGGAGUAUCUUUCGUUGGCGGCCAACGUGACGGUGCUGAACGAGGAUGAUAAGCAGGCCAAGGAGGAGGCGGCAAAGCUCUUGAAGAAGUUGUAGAUUAGAUGCUCGGUGCUAUUGUAGAAUCUUGCAAUUCAUGAAACCAUAUCACAUUUUGUACUGAUUAUGCUAUAUUUUUGUUAUCGAUAUUGUUAGGUGGGAAAGUAUAUAAUAAAUUUUUUUUUGGUGCGAUAGGAACG